UCUCACACAAGUCACACUAAUAGCAUACCUUCACUAUUCCAAUAAAAUCCCUCAUUUAAUCUCCUUCUAUCACUUUUCCCAUUAGCCAAUGACCACACUCAAGAAUAAGGCCCUCAAUACCUUCCAUGUAAACUACACUAGCAGAAUAAUAUAUAUUCUCUCCAAGACAACUAUUUUAAUCCUCCCAUCAUCUUUUUUACCGGCCAAUACAGGUAAUGUGGGCUUGACCCAACAAAUUAAAGUUCUUCCUUAUUAAUUCCACAAAUUUUCCAUAAAAAGCAUAAAAAAGGAUAUUUUCACUAUGUUUAUUUACAUUUCCUUCAAACAGGUUGAAAUGGAGAGCAUAGGAAGCAAUUUUGUGAAAGAGAGUGUCGGAAGUGAUUGCGAGAAAGAGAGCAUUGGAAGUGAUUGCGACCAAGAGAGCAUUGGAAGCGGUUUUACCAAAGAGACUGCCGACGAUUACCAUAAAGAGAGUAUCGGAAGUAAUUGUGAGGACGAUUACGAUUCAAGAAUGUGGAAAAAGAAAACUGUAUAUGAAGAUGACCGUGAUAUUGCUUUAAUUCUAUCCAUUUUCCAUGCUGAGGGGAUAGACGACCCUAUGAUGAGUCCUAUAACAUAUAGGACUUAUAAGGUUGAAUUUUGGGUUGAGAUUGGAACCUUAUGUAUGACCCCAGAAGUGUACGGUCUACCAAAUCCUGAAUGGAACAAAAAAUUCCGCAUCCUAUUGGAAAAUCCUAUGGAUUGUAGGUUUUUGUAUGUGGAGGUAAUUAGGACUUGCUCAAAGAUUGAUCCAGGAACAUCCACAGGCGAGGUGUUGGUGGGCAGGGUACGGCUCCCUUUGCCUGAACUGUCAACCAAAAUUGAGGGGUCUUUUGAACUUGUGAGGCCUGAAGGUCCAGGUUGCAGGGUUCAGGGGCACAUCAGACUAGCAAUGGAACUAAGAAAGGUUAGAAAAGCAUAACUAGUUUGUUAAUCCUCCAGUCAGCAUAACUAGUUUGUUAAUCUUCAGUCAUGCCUUCAGCAGCUUUAAGUA